GGAGACGAGAGAGAGAGAGGGAGAGAUGGAGAGAGUCAGUGACGAGCACAAGCUUUGUGGGACUGAGUCUCAAGACCUUCAGGAGGUAAAGUUUGCAGAAUGCAAAACUGUGUUUAGUCUCAUCUCUUGAGAUAAUCCAGUUAUUAUCUCCGAGAGCUAUGAAGAACACAACAAGGCAGAAACCAUCUUCUCAGCACUUGGACCUCAGUGGACUUUACCUGGAAGGGCUCACCUGUGCAGAUAAAGUUUUGCAAAUGUGAUGCCCAGAGGAUCAUUUCUUGCAUUGGAGUGCUAGUCGUGGGUACAGUCAUGGAGGCGGUCUUCUUAGGUCUAGACGAGUCGGUCUUUACUCAGCAGGGUCUGCUGUGGACUGUCGCUUCCACAGCUCUACAACGACUGUGUGUGCAGGUCAGGAACCUGCCUGGAUCUCGACACACUCACAGGAGUGUCAUGCAGCCACUCUAUCAGAUGACAGAGGGAAGACGAUGUCAGGUCCAUCUCCUGGAUGAAAGAAAACUGGAACUCCUUGUUCAGCCCAAGCUGAUGGCUAAGGACUUGCUGGACCUGGUGGCCUCUCACUUCAACCUCAAAGAGAAGGAGUAUUUCGGAAUCGCAUACACAGAUGAAACGGGCCAUUUUAGUUGGCUGCAAUUGGACCGCAGAGUAUUAGAACACGAGUUCCCCAAGAAGUCUGGUCCCAUUGUCCUCUACUUCUGCGUCAGGUUCUACAUAGAGAGUAUAUCCUACUUGAAGGACAAUGCCACCAUUGAGCUGUUUUUUCUUAAUGCCAAGUCCAUCAUCUACAAGGAGCUUAUUGAAGUGGAAAGUGAAGUUGUUUUUGAAUUAGCAUCUUAUAUUCUACAAGAGGCUAAAGGUGAUUUCACCAGUAAUGAUGCAACGAGGUCAGAGCUGAAAAAGCUGCCUGCUCUGCCCACCCAGGCCUUAAAGGAGCACCCGUCUUUAGCCUACUGUGAAGACCGGGUUAUAGAACAUUAUAAGAAGCUCAAUGGACAGUCUAGAGGACAAGCUAUAGUAAAUUAUAUGAGCAUCGUAGAGUCUCUGCCCACAUAUGGAGUACAUUACUAUGCUGUAAAGGAUAAACAGGGGAUCCCGUGGUGGCUUGGGUUGAGCUAUAAGGGCAUCUUCCAGUAUGACCACCAGGACAAAGUCAAGCCCAGGAAGGUGUUCCAAUGGCGACAGCUGGAGAACCUUUACUUCAGAGAGAAGAAGUUUUCUGUAGAGGUUCAUGACCCAAGGAGUAGGGCGUCGGUGACGAGAAGAACCUUUGGCCACAGUGGCAUCGCUGUGCACACCUGGUACGCCUGCCCCGCGCUUAUCAAGUCCAUCUGGGCCAUGGCCAUCAGCCAACAUCAGUUCUACCUUGACCGCAAGCAGAGCAAGUCUAAGAUCCAUGCAGCACGGAGUUUGAGUGAGAUCGCAAUAGAUCUUACAGAGACGGGAACUCUCAAGACCUCCAAACUGGCCAACAUGGGCAGCAAGGGAAAAAUUAUCAGUGGCAGCAGUGGCAGUCUGCUCUCCUCAGGAUCUCAGGAAUCAGACAGCUCCCAGACAGCUAAGAAAGACAUGCUAGCAGCACUAAGAGCCAGGCAGGAAGCUUUGGAGGAAACGCUAAAGCAGAGGCUAGAGGAACUCAAGAGCAUCUGCAUCAGAGAGGCGGAACUGACAGGAAAGCUUCCUAAGGAGUAUCCACUGGACCCGGGAGAAGAGCCACCCACAGUGAGAAGGAAAAUCGGUACUGCCUUCAAACUGGAUGAGCAGAAAAUACUUCCCAAAGGAGAGGAAGAGGAGCUGGAGCGACUCGAGCGGGAGUUUGCCAUACAGUCCCAGAUUACGGAGGCGGCCAGGCGUCUCGCCAGCGAUCCUCAUGUGAGCAGUAAGAAGAUGAAGAAACAGAGAAAGACUUCAUAUCUGAACGCACUGAAGAAACUGCAGGAAAUUGAAAACUCUAUCAACGAGUACCGUGUUCGCUCUGGCAAGAAACCCACGCAGAGAGCAUCACUUAUCAUCGAAGAGGCCAAUAUUGGUUCUGAAGACAGCUCACUAUCUGAUGCAUUGGUCUUGGAUGAUGAUGACUCUCAAGUUACAGGUACUCCAACCUUCUCUCCAGUAUCAUCGCCUCACAAGGGGCUCCCUCCCCGGCCUCCAUCUCACAGUCGGCCCGCUCCACCACAGUCCCUGGAUGGACUGCGACAUCUGCACUACACACGCUCAGAUUAUGAUAAGUCACCCAUCAAACCCAGAAUGUGGAGUGAGUCGUCACUGGAUGAGCCUUAUGAAAAGGUCAAGAAACGCUCUUCACACUCCAGUCACAAACGUUACCCAAGCUCUGGCAGUGCAGAUGCAGGUGGAAGUAACUCAUUGCAAAGCAGUCCCAUUCGGAACCUCCCUCACUGGAAUUCUCAGUCCAGCAUGCCGUCUACCCCGGACCUGAGGACCAGGACCACACACUAUGUACAUUCCACUAGGUCAGUGGACAUCAGUCCCACGCGUCUGCACAGUCUUGCUCAGCACUUUAGGAACCGCAGCUCCAGCCUGGAGUCCCAGGGCAAACUGUUGGCUUCCGACUCUGAUACACAUUCGCACACUCUGGGUCCACUGGGCAGCCCUGACUUCUUCCUGGUCCCAGGACGUAACUCCAAUGGCUCUGACCCGUUGGAUGACUGUUCAUCCUGCACCAGCCACAGCAGCUCAGAACACUACUACCCCUCUGGUGGAUCACUGGCACCUGGAAGCAACCCCAACUACUCAACUCUAGGGGAGGACUCACCUUCCAAAGCAAGGCAGAGGCAAAGGCAAAGACAUAGGUCUGCAGGCCAUCUGGGUUCCUCCAGCUCUGGCUCUAUGCCAAACCUGGCAGCUAAGAAUGGCUGUGGUGGGGGAUCAGGUGGGAGUGGAAUCAGCGGAGGACACCACGGAGUUUACCUUCACAGCCAGAGCCAGCCCUCCUCCCAGUACCGCAUCAAGGAAUACCCACUGUAUGUGGAGGGCAGCCCUAACCCUGUUGUCGUGCGUAGCCUGGAGAGCGAUCAGGAGGGACACUACAGCGUAAAGGCCCAGUUUAAGACCUCCAGCUCCUACACAGCAGGUGGACUGUACAAGGAGGCCUGGGGUGGAGAAGAGGGAGGGGAGGGGAGCGGCAGACUCACGCCGUCCCGAUCCCAAAUUGUACGGACUCCCUCGCUGGGACGAGAAGGGGGCGGUGGAGGUGGGAGGGCAGCGGUGUCUGAAGAACUGCGGUGCUGGUACCAGAGGUCCUCAGGGAGCCUGAAGGAGAGGAGCCACUCACAUUCAGGCUCCACAUCCUCUGACACAGGGUCACAGCAUGGCACUCUAGGACACGGGAGAGGGAGUAGGGUAGGAACACUCGCCAAGGGCUCACCAGUUGCUUCUCCUCAUAGCCAGAGGAGUAUGACGCCCUCCAACGAACACGUUGCAACUCCCACACCCCCCUGCAGCCCACAGCACAUCCUCAACUGGCAGAGCGGAGGCACAGCAGACUGCUCUCCUACUGAGGACGUCUGUCAGUCUCCCUCUCAGCCCAGCUCAGAUGCAUAGAGGUCUUUCGGUGACAGCUGUUUUCUAAGCAGCCCGCUGUGUUCAGAGCUGACAGAUGUGCAGUGGUAUGGACGCGACAAGGCCAAACCUGGAACCUUGGUCUGAGGCCUUCCUAAUGGGCCCUGAAAAGUCCUACUUAUUUCACCUGCUGCUUCCCCGUGGUCCUUCAUCACCCCACCCACUGACAACUGACAACCUCAUCCCGAAGGCCCGACAGAAACCUCGCCCUCACCACACCGGCAGACCAGACCUGAGCCUCUCUGCAGUGUCAUCCUGCCCUUGCCCGUCUCACCGACUCCUUAUUCUACUUCCUCCAUUACAGCUCAGAUGAGCAGGGAUACGCUCACUGAGCUCUAAUCGGGCUUGAUUUCACAGGAUAGACAGGACAGUGCCACCUCAGCUCUCACUCUGCGGCACCACAGAUCCUUUUCCGCAGUCGGCACACAAAACAGAGAAAUGGAGGAAGAGUGAUGGAGGGAGAGAGAGAAAGAGAGAGAGAGAGAGCACACAAACUCAUCAACAUCUGUCUCUUGUGUCAUGGUUAUCCAAGUGCAUCCGAUCAGGAGAUACCUGCUGGAUUUGAGCCAGUAAUUUAAACCGUUUCCAGUCCGAAAUGAACCAAAA